AUUUAUUAAUAACCAGUUUGCGAAGAAAUGCAAAUAUGCGCAUAAAAUAACAGUGCAAAAGAAAAGCAGAAAUAAAUCAAACAUAAAAGAACAUUUGCAAGAUGUCUGUGCUGCGUUUUCUGGUAACGCGAGAGGCACUGGCAACGCUAACAAAGCGUUCACUAGUGCCGACUCUCCAGAAUAGUCGCGCAAUAUCAUCCUUGACCAACAGCAACAACCACAGCUACAAAGCGAUUUUCGCAGCUAAGGCAAUUGAGACCCCAACGCAACAACAAUGGCAACAACAACAAACACGCGGCCACAAGCGUUUUGGCCAUGGCGAGGAGAAGACACCUCGGGUAACCAAAUAUUUCCAUUUGAUGGUGAUCACUUUGUUUAUCAUCUCGGUGCUGGACUGGGGCAAAGUGAAACGUCUGAUCGUGCCGAAAGUGGACGCCGAUGCGGGUCAGCGCCCAUCUGAUGCGGCUGGAGUCAAUGGCGAGAGCAAUUCCGAAAGUUCUGAUAGCGACGAGUCGGACGACGAUGACGCCCGCCUGAACCCACACGACGGCAAGAAGGUUAAGGAAAAAGUUGGGUUUCGCGAGCGCAAGAUUAUUGAGUAUGAGAAUCGCAUCAGGCAAUUCUCGACGCCAGACAAAGUAUUUCGCUACUUUGCCACCAUCCAAGUGCCGGUCGCCGACGAUCGCCAUGAGGUCUACAUGACACCAACCGAUUUUUUGACUAGCAUGACGCCAGGCAUGAAACAACCAGAUGGCCUGGGUCUGGAUCAGUAUCGUCGCUAUGAUCCCAAGUCCGUGGGAGAGCAGUUGAACUUGCAAUUGGAAAAGAACAGCAUAUUCUAUAAGCUGGGUUCCUAUGGCCUCAUCACUUUCUCCGAUUACAUCUUUCUGCUCACCGUACUCUCCAUUUCGCGCCGCCACUUUGAGAUCGCAUUUCGGAUGUUCGAUUUGAACGGCGACGGAGAUGUGGACUGUGAAGAGUUCGAAAUGGUUGCCACGCUCGUGCGACAGCAGACCAGCAUGGGCACUCGGCAUCGGGAUCAUGCGAAUACUGGAAACACUUUCAAGUCCCUGAAGGGUGUUAACUCAGCCUUGAUAACGUACUUCUUUGGUCCAAACAUGGACCAGAAGCUGACGAUUGAAAAGUUCUUGGACUUUCAAGAGCAGUUGCAACGUGAAAUUCUCUCGCUCGAAUUCGAACGCAAGGAGCCCAAUGCGGACGGCAAUAUAACAGAGGCGGACUUUGCCGAGCUGCUGUUGGCCUAUGCGGGCUAUCCGCCCAAAAAGAAGCAAAAGAAGCUGAAGCGCGUGAAGCGUCGCUUUCGUGAUCAUGGCAGGGGCAUAUCCAAGCAGGAUUAUCUCGACUUCUUCCACUUCCUGAAUAAUAUUAAUGAUGUGGAUACGGCGCUGACUUUCUACCACAUUGCGGGCGCCUCGAUCGAUCAGCAAACGCUGCAGCAUGUGGCCAAGACGGUGGCCAUGGUUAACCUGACCGAUCACGUCGUGGAUGUGGUCUUCACUAUAUUCGAUGAGAAUAACGAUAACCAGCUGAGCAACAAAGAAUUUAUCUCGGUCAUGAAGAACCGCGUACAGCGCGGUCUAGAAAAGCCCAAAGAUACGGGAUUCCUGAAAAUGGUGCGUUCGGUGUUCAAAUGUGCCAAGGAAACAAAGCCCGUUCUUUUGGAUAUCUAAUUGUCUUUUGUUGCCUAUAUGUGGAUUCUCGUUUGUUCAGUGCUCAAAAGGCACUUCUUAGUCAAUUUACCUACGCUUGCUUCUAUUUAUUUUUAGUAAACUUUACUUUAAAC